CUGACUUACACACGUCAGCUACUGAACAAGAAAGAACACUUUCUUUCUUUCUUUCUUUAAGAAAGAGAUAGAUAGAUAUAAAUGCUGACUCACAUACUAAUCUUCAGCUCAAAAUUCAGUAAAUCACACUUUCAUUACUAGUUGAUAAAUACUACUAACAAAGAAUCAAUCACAACUCAAAACAUUAGCUAGGGUUUUCAGUUCAAACCAUACAUUAACCUACUUCUACAUCUACUUUACUUCCUAGAAAGAUUCAAUUGUGUGGAAAAAUUAAGAUUGACGAUGUACAGAUUAUUUUCAUCUUCUUCAGUGAAAUCACUUGCUGUAAUCAGAAACCAAGUACAGAAAUGCUGUUUUUCAACUUCUUUACUCUUUGAUGAUACCCAAAUUCAGUUUAAAGAAAGUGUUGCACAAUUUGCUAAAGAGCACAUUGCUCCUCAUUCAGCAAAUAUUGACAAAUCGAACUAUUUUCCAAAGGAGGUUAACUUAUGGAAGCUCAUGGGGGAGUUUAAUCUCCAUGGCAUUACUGCACCAGAGGAAUAUGGUGGACUUGGACUUGGUUAUUUAUACCACUGCAUAGCAAUGGAGGAAAUUAGCCGUGCAUCUGGAUCCGUCGGCCUUUCUUAUGGUGCUCAUUCGAACCUGUGCAUUAAUCAAUUGGUGAGGCAUGGAAACCCUGCUCAGAAAAAGAAGUAUUUACCCAAGUUGAUCAGUGGGGAACACGUUGGAGCUUUGGCUAUGAGUGAACCCAAUGCUGGAUCUGAUGUUGUUAGCAUGAAAUGCAAAGCUGAUCGCGUAGAUGGUGGUUAUGUUAUUAAUGGAAACAAGAUGUGGUGCACGAAUGGCCCAGUUGCUCAAACAUUGGUGGUUUAUGCAAAAACUGACGCUAAAGCAGGAUCAAAAGGAAUCACAGCAUUUAUAAUUGAGAAGGGGAUGACAGGCUUCAGCACAGCCCAGAAGUUAGACAAACUUGGAAUGCGAGGAAGUGACACGUGCGAGUUGGUUUUUGAAAAUUGUUUUGUGCCUGAAGAAAAUAUCCUUGGACAGGAAGGGAAAGGAGUUUACGUCAUGAUGUCGGGGCUAGAUUUGGAGAGACUUGUUCUGGCAGGUGGACCUCUUGGUCUGAUGCAGGCAUGCCUUGAUGAGGUUCUUCCGUAUGUCCGCCAGAGAGAACAAUUUGGUCGUCCAAUAGGAGAAUUCCAGCUAAUACAGGGGAAAAUAGCGGACAUGUAUACUUCUCUGCAAUCUUCAAGAUCAUAUGUGUAUUCCGUUGCUAGGGACUGUGAUAAUGGCAAGAUCGACCGAAAGGAUUGUGCUGGAGUUAUACUGUUAUCAGCUGAAAAUGCCACUCAAGUUGCUCUACAGGCAAUCCAGUGUCUAGGAGGGAAUGGUUACGUGAACGAGUACCCAACAGGCCGUCUUCUCCGAGAUGCAAAAUUGUUUGAGAUUGGUGCAGGUACCAGUGAAAUAAGGAGAAUGAUUAUUGGUCGUGAACUCUUCAAAGAAGAAUGAAGCAUAUGAAGCAACUCACACCUCAUAUUCUUCCAUACAGUAUUAAAUGUCCUAGUUUCACCCUAAUGUCAGUAACUACAUCACUAAUACUGUAAAUUUGUCAUGGUUCACCACGAGAAGAAAAUCGUCAGACUCUUGUUAUUCACUGCUUCUUUUCUCGUACAGUAAUUACAAAAUGUGCACUUAACUAAUCUAAUCUAGUAUAACUCCUCGAGGAGUAACAUUGUGACAAUUUCAACCAUCGCCUGCGAAUUUGGUUCAGUCCAUGAAUUUUGAUUUUACAACGUAA